AUGGACAUCGCUAGCACAGUCUACACUAUCACAUCCGGGAUCAUCGAUUUCGUCGCAGAGCACGGUGCCAAGGAUUCAUUGCAGGAGCAAAUUUCAGACAUUGUCCUUCAAAUUCGAAACGUCGUUGGGCCCCUCAUCAUACGAGAUGUUGACAACAUUCCAUUACAGCAAACACUCCAGGGAAUGCAGAACGUGCUUUCAAAUGUCGACAGUCAUCUACGAUCGUGGAAGGAGAGUCGCAGCCGCAGAAUGCUAGCUCUCGUCAAUCCAUGGGCAGUCACACAAGAAAUCAAAGAAGAUCGUGUACAGCUCAUGCACCAGUAUAUCUUAUUGAUGGGGGCAAUGCAAGUCGUUAAUCAUAUCUUCGUCAGAGGAUACAACUAUCUACCUCCCCCUCCGCAAUCUGCCGCCCCACUCACCCCACAAUCGCUACGUAUCCAACAACUUCAUCUUCCCGCUGCAGAGGAAGAGGUUUUACAAUUCUGGCAUUCUCGUAUUGGAGGCGAUUUUGAAGUCGUCAAGAGCCAGGAUUUGUGCAACCAUCUGGCGUCAUGGCUCAAUAUCAAGUUGGGUCCUCUUUCUCGUCGGCGCCUUCUUCUGCGACUGGAUGAGCACAAUACUGGACAUGUAACGCUCAAAACCCUUCAAGAUCUGGUUCAGAACACCAAGAUGAAAGAUACUAUCAAAUUGUAUACGUCAAAUCCUAAAUUCCCCUUAUUGAUAUGGAUAUCCGACGACCUUGCAUUGAAUGCGCCUAAGGUUGCGUUCGCUCUGGAAAAGGGGGUUUCAGUUGUCCAGUUAGCCACAACGGCUACAGCCAAAGCCUGGAUAAAUGCAAACCGAAAUUUUUUGUUGAAGCACGAUAAUGCUGGGGAAAUUCGAUUUAUCUCAGAUCAGUUUCGCAAAGAACUGAACGCAAAGGGUGAAGCUGUCCCUAAUCGCAAUGCAGGAAACCAAAUUAUCAAAUUCAUACGGGACAAGGGCUUCCAGGCUCCUAUUUUGAUCUAUACCAACAAAAAGAGCCUUCACCUGACGCGUUAUGUGGAGUCAUAUCCCAAUGCGGGUUCCGCUGCAGGCCACCCGGAGGUGUAUCAGGAAUAUAUAUCUGCUUUGGGUUCACGUCGGGUCGAUGAUAGAGAGUGGAUGAAGUUCGGUGCAUAA